AUGCUUGGCAUGUUUGGAGCUACUGGUUUGGGACUUUCGGCUGUACGUACAUACCGUAACGAUGGAAAGCGACACAGAUGGAGUCUGGAUCAUUGGGAUAAAGUAAUGAUGGAACGCGAUCGCCGUUUGACUGGAAGUAUGCGAGGCCAGACCGAUAACGCUGUGGCGCCCGCGGGUUUCGAAUUAAGCUCUGCCUGGAAGCUUGAGAAGAGAAUCUACUAA